AUGGAACCUCUAUCAGAUACCAAGUUACCAGUGUGUCCGGAAAAACUUUCAAAGCCUAAAGUCUCGGAAAAUAUUAAGAAAAUAAAAGAACGAAUAAUCCAAACCAAUCAAUUGUUGCAACUUUUUAAGACUAAAGAAAAAGAAUUAGCUCAACACAAAGAAUGCAUCGCGUCCUUGGAGCAAAAGCUUUCGAAAAUGAGGACACAGACAAUCACAUUAAAUAAAGAGAAUGAAGUUUUUCGACAGGCAGCACAGCAGUUUCGUUCUGAGGUUGAAAAAAUAAAUAAAGAAUUGGGACAGAAAGACGCUCAGUUGAAAGAUCAUAUAACUCUGACAAAUGAGCUAAAACGACUUCGGGCUGAAAAUGAGAAACUAGGAAAGAAGAAUAAAUCGCUCGAGGUUUUGAAAAGUCAACUGGAGUGCAAAGUACAGGAGAAUGAAGCUACAGUUGAUAUACGGGAAAAUCAAGCAAAAGAAAUAACACGGUUAAAGAAAGAGCUUGAAAAAAAAGAAGAACAAUGUAAAAAGAGCCAAUUGGAAAAAGCAUCCGUGGAUUCCAAAAUGAAAAAGUUGCAAAGGGAUGUAGAGAAAUCUAAAGAGGCGUUAAAUAAUAGGAUUAACAUGUUAGAGGCGUCAUCAUUGGAAAAAGAUACAACUAUUGAAUCUUUGAGUCACCAAUUGGAAGAAUCGAGACAACAAGAAAAUAACGUGGAAGAUAUGAGACAUGAAAUUAUUAGGCUCACAAAUAUAGAGCAAUCUCAAGUUAGUAACUCAAGAGAACUCGACGAGCUAAAAAAGCAAAUGCAGCAAGCUAAAGCCGUGAAUAUAAAAAUAAAGAAAGAAUAUGUCGAACAGAGCAGAGAAAUGAAUAAGCUCAAAAAGCGCAAUGCUGAACUGGAAAAGUUUAAAAGGGAAACACAAGAUGUAAGGGGAAUAGUGCAGAAUGAAAAAGACGCGUUGGUCAGCAACCUUCCUCAAGGAGAUAAAGAAACAAUUCAACAUGUUAUUUUGCUAAUAGAAGAAAUUCAAUUCAUGAAACAUGAUGUAGAAAACUUGGAAAUUCAAAAGAAAGCUUUACAAGACUUGGUUACCGCGCAACAAUUAGAAAUAUCACGGUUAAAAAAGUUUCGAAAAUCUGUCUCAUUUUCUCGCGUUAACGAAAUCGAAAAGUUAUAUAAUAAACUGAGCGAGAUACCGUCUCAGGAACGGCAUUCAAACAUGUCGCCUGACCGUGAUUCUUCUAUUCAGUGCCUCGCAACUUCCCCUUUAGAGCUCGUAGAUUCGAAUAGCAGAGAUAGUCAAACAGUAUCGCAAAAUGAAACACGUAAGCCAGGGAUCAAUGUGCAACCUUCGAGUUCGUCUAUUUCUGAAAAAGAUAUGGCGGGGGAAAGAAAUAAAUUGAACAAGCUUAAACGACAUAAAUUGAUGGAUGUUUGUGCAGAGCCCCGCAUUGUAAAAAAGGUGAUAACUGCUUCUGAAGAUACAACGAACGAAGCGAAAAAAGGUUCUGGAAGAAAAAGAAAAGAGUCAGAAGCCACAUUAUUACUCGCCCCAAAUAUUUUAUCAAAGGAUCCUGAACAACCAAAAAAAAGAAGAAUCAGUAAAAAAACUGAGAUAACGUUAAAGAAUAAAGUCUUUUUUGAUCCCAUUGAUGAUUUAACUUUCAUAAAAGAAAAGAUCCAGGAUUUUACGUCUUCCUCUCAAGAAUCGUUUCGAUCCAUGGAUGUCCUACGACAAUUCGCCUUCGAUAAAAGUGCGGUUUUCCUACAAGCACUUGAUGAAUUGAUUCGUAGCAUUGAUACACCAUUGUAUUUGGAUUCGGAUAGUAGAGAUGAUGCACUAAGGAAUUUUACACGAAAAGGUUCUUUCUUAAUACAAAUACCUACCGUAUUACCUCAGAAAGAAACAAACAUCUUGUUAUUUUUGUGGUUUCUUUUUAGUGAAUUUCCUACGAGUAGAUUAUUGGAUAAGAUAAUUCCGUGGAUCAACGACAAAUUCAUUCUAUGUGGGAACAAUUUUGACGAUUUGGUCGAUUUGACAUAUUGCUGCCGUUGGUGCCGUGUAUUUGUGGCACUUUGUAGGGCUGUUAAAGAUUUGCAACGAAUUCGCGUAUUAUGUUACGAUAUCUUGCGAGAGAAAACUGAUCGAAGGUGUAUCCAACAUCUAAUCGAAAACAUUGCGAGAAUUUGUCCUAUGGCAUUAAAAGCCUCGGAAAAAGAUUAUAAUGCUGAUAAAUUUUCCAUAGAUGAAUCACUCGUUCUACGUACAGUCGAGAGCAUUGUUGCUGGAGUUUUCAUAGAGAAGAUGCACGAUGAAUCGGUUUACAAAAUGUACAAAACAUUUGUCCAUUGUUGCUCCUGGAAUGAACCGUCUCGAACGCCGCUCCUCGAAAAAAUUUUAAAAAGUCUAGUGGACGUUUUGCAGUCUGAAGAAUUUCACAAUCGUUGUUUCAAUGAGUACCAUCAAGAACAAUUCCAAGAAUAUUGUUUCAACCUGAUAAAAUGUUUUGAACUAGCGACUUGCUGGUUGAAAUGGGAUGAUGUAUUUGAUAGGUUUAUUGGGAAAAUUCUCUGGCCCUUGGUUAAAGAUGAGAAGGGAAAAGAUAUUCCUUUGGAAAUUAUUGGGGCGAUAUGUCGUCCAAGGUUAUCAGAGCAUGAAGACAAAAUAGGAGUAGAUGAAAUAAGGCGAAGAGUGUCUUUAUCAUUAAAUCAGAAUUGUCCUGUUUCCUUUACGUUACAAGUUCAAUCUGCUCAAGUUUUGAUUAAACUCUCUAAUGGAAAUGCUAGCUAUUUUCAGGAUAUACUAUCUUGGUUCUCGCAUUUACAAGAUGAUAAAAUACGACAAUUACCCAAAUCUUUAAUUGAUGAUUUGGAAUACAUUCGAUCUUUGUCCUGA